CAGUCUAGAUCAUGUGCUUUUUUUAGUUACCUUUGUCUUUACAAUUAAUUUAACAAUACGUCAACAUGUUUGCUAUUCUACUUUUCUUUCUUCCCCUAUUGAUUUCAGCUACACCGCUAAGUGACGCUGACAUAGAGACACGCGACCUGAACACGUUUGAUAAAGUGUUCUGGGUAAACAGAGGUCGUUAUCAGUGCACAAGCGGCCAGAAAGCAGACAUACUCGCAGCUAUUAACGAGGCUCAAGUUAUAGUUAAGAAAGCAGUAACCGCAUUGUCACUCUCACGUUCUGAGAAGUCUAAAGCAUACGUCACUUGGUUUGGAAAAGGGAAUGCCUCACCGCAAACAAGAUUGUCAAUUUUUCAACACAACUAUCAAUCAGUCGCUACAAACUUAGUCCCUCCCACACUACCAUUAAGGCUUGAGGAAGUUGGCUGGGAUGUCCCAUUUCCAGCUACUAAGAAGUCUCUGGUUUACGCUUGUGAGCCUGAAGAUGUUUUAAUCAACGGACAACGUAUGUUUGCUAUAACUCGUACGGCAAAUUCUGGAGUUCCCGACUUUGGCCCGACUUAUGUAUCCUUUUACCCUGAGUUCUUUACUCAAACGACCGGCCUAAGAAUAGAAGAAGCAUCCAAACAAUGGAGGCUCCAAAACAAGCUUGACAACGAAGUUGCAUAUAUAAGGAGCUUGACAUUAAUUCACGAGUUUCAGCACAUGUCAAGAGUUACUGGGCUUGGCCGUCACUGUAUAGACGUCCAACAUCCAACUAUUGAGUCUGCAUCAUGCUAUUCUGUUGACUGGUAA